UUUAUCGUUGUGUAGCGUUUUGACAUAGCCUCGCUUCUUUUCUUGUCAACUAAACGUACAAAUAUAAAUAGAAUAAAAUGUCAAAGGCACAUCCACCAGAGCUCAAAAAGUACAUGGAUAAGCGCAUGAUGCUUAAACUAAACGGCGGUCGUGCAGUCACCGGCAUUUUGCGCGGAUUCGAUCCAUUCAUGAAUGUGGUACUCGACGAUACUAUAGAAGAGUGCAAGGACAACACCAAGAACAGCAUAGGCAUGGUGGUAAUCCGCGGCAACAGCAUUGUUAUGGUCGAGGCACUAGAUAGAGUAUGACAGCCAGAUGACAUUGUACAUGCGUUCAUGCGUUUACAUGCAAACUAGUCCUAAGGUACUAAAUAUAUUCAUAAUUAUUUGCAAGUAAUUAAAGAAAAUGUCACACAAAAUCUCUGGCUUCGUCACAACUUAAGAAAUACGAGGCCCUAUUAGUCAAAUUUAAAUUGGCUACUCUGAAUGCAAAUAUAUGUAAGCUGCCUAGUAUAUAGCACCAUCUAAUUGGCCGACACAACUUCUAUACAGCAAAUGCUGUAUAGCUCCUUAAGUAGAAAAUUAUGGCACAGGACAUCGAUAUCGGAUGGAGUGCGAAAAUGCAUGUCCCUAUAGAAUUGGAAGAAUAUCUUAGGAGCAAGAGCUAUAAACCCAUACAAAAUGUAAACAAAAAAGUUUUGCUGUAGCUUUUAUUUUGGCAAGCAUGUACCUCCCAAAUAACAUUGAUAACUCUUUUACACACUGGCUGCAAAAACAAUAUAAAUAUACAUAUUUAAACUUAAUAAAGUAGAAUUAAAGAUAAAUACGAAUAUAACAGAGUAAAUAGUUUGACAAUCGGGUGAUUGUUGACAUCUAAUGAAUAAAAA